GCGCAGUGGUGCGCUCGCUCAGAGGGGGAGAAAAGAGCCGCCGAGGAGGGCAGAAACACAAGAGAGGGGCAGUUUUUUUUUUUCUACGACAGCACCGCGGCUUGGGGAACAAACCAACUGUGUCGAGUUGGCUGGCAUGGAGCUGAGCGUUGCCGUUCUGAGCCGUUUCGAGCCGUCCACCUAAAAAGCCGGGGCAUUUCGGGGGCAGUUUGCUGUUGGUCCCGGGGGUUCGCGGAGCCCGUGUGAAUCUGUUGCUAGCAGCGCUCGAAUGCUAGUUAGCUCCGCUGCUAAGCAGCUAGCCAACACUGCGAAUCAAUUGUGUCGGAGAUCUCGGAUUUACGUGUAAAAGCGGUCGCGUUCGUCCGCUGCUCUCGGGAUUCGUUUUGACCGUUGAGUUUUGUCUUUUUCCUAAGUGAGGGGACGUUAAUAAGCGAACGCUUGAGUUUCUAUUUCGAUUUAUUUUCAAGCAGGGACUUUUUUUUUCCUCCUCUCUAUUAGCUUGUUAGCCGCUCUGGUUGGUUUAGUCCAGCUUGUUAGUAGUGUCUGAGAUUUCUACUGUAAUAGCUGUCAGCGACAACAGCCUCUUGACGAAAAGCCAGAUUGUUGACAUGAAUGGUUUUAUCGCGGACUGCGAGUUGUUUAGAGAGGCGAUACUUUGAGAUGCCGCGCGUGGGAUACUUCAUGUUUCCAGGGACGCUUUUAUUUUCUUGUUAGACUGCUUUAUGGGAGUGCUAGUGUGCAGCGUUUUGCUUUAGACAAUACUGGUUUUUGGAGGAAUUGCACGCGGUCUGAUUUUUUUUCCCCCCAUGCAAACUAGUUACUCACCUUUUCCCAUCAAUCGCGCAUCGUUUUGAUGUGGUUAAAUCCCACAUUCCAGUCGCGCUCUCGUUGUUUUUUUUAUCUAACGUUAGUGAUUCCUUGAGCUCCACGUUUGUAUUCACGCUGCUGGUGGUACAUGGUCACCAAGACAGAUCGCUGAUACUGGUUUUCAUUGGUUUGCGGUUGGGGAAACGGCGAGAUUCGGCUUUAAAGUAUUAUGGAUGAACAGACCCGAAUGCUGGCUAGCAUGGGCGGACUCGGCGGACUCUCUCAAGCCGACGUGGGUGACCCCGAUUCGGUUCGGAAGCAGCAGUCCCUCGGUCAACCGCAGCAAGACAUAGGGGAUAUUCUCCAGCAGAUCAUGGCCAUCACCGACGAGAGCCUCGACGAAGCCCAGGCGAGAUGCUGGCCAGAGGAGGCACCGGCGCAGUGGACCCCACAGAGGGAGGGGGAGCUGGGGGGGAGCACAGCAGGGUGUGCCCUGCCGCUCAACUUCCAGCACAGAAAACACGCACUGAACUGCCACAGAAUGAAGCCGGCUCUCUUCAGUGUUUUAUGCGAGAUCAAAGAAAAAACUGUGCUGAGCAUCAGAGGCGUACAGGAGGAGGACCCCCCGGACCCCCAGAUCAUGCGUCUGGAUAACAUGCUGCUGGCCGAGGGUGUGUCUGGGCCCGAGAAGGGUGGUGGAUCAGCGGCAGCGGCCGCAGCUGCAGCAGCGGCUGGAGGAUCACCCAACGACGGCAGCAUCGAGCACUCCGACUACAGAGCCAAACUCGCACAGAUCCGCCAGAUCUACCACUCCGAACUAGAGAAAUAUGAACAGGCCUGCAGUGAGUUCACCAAUCACGUGAUGAACCUGCUGAGGGAACAGUCCCGCACACGGCCUAUCUCACCCAAGGAGAUCGAGCGCAUGGUGGCCAUCAUCCACCGCAAGUUCAGCUCUAUCCAGAUGCAGCUCAAGCAGAGCACCUGUGAGGCCGUCAUGAUCCUCCGCUCUCGCUUCCUCGAUGCCAGACGUAAGAGACGCAACUUCAAUAAGCAAGCCACAGAGGUGCUGAACGAGUACUUCUACUCUCACCUGUCCAACCCUUACCCCAGUGAGGAAGCCAAGGAAGAGUUGGCCAAGAAAUGUGGGAUUACUGUCUCUCAGGUCUCGAAUUGGUUUGGCAACAAGAGAAUUCGGUACAAGAAGAACAUUGGUAAGUUCCAGGAGGAAGCAAACCUGUACGCCGUUAAAACAGCCGUGGACGCUGCCAAUGUGUCGGCACAGGCCAGCCAGGCAAACUCUCCAGCAACACCCAACUCAGGGUCAUCUGGGUCGUACACCCUUUCUCACACAGGAGAUGCCUACCUCGGGCUGCGAUCACUCAACGGGGAUGGCGUCAGCGUCACUCCCGCUGUGCAGCAGGUGGAUAUCCUGCACCGUGCUACACACCUGACGGCAGGCUAUGAAGAUCUGUCAGGAAGUCCUCUUUACACCCCACACCGUUUAGACGCUAACAACAGCUGGCAAGACAACACCAACCCUUCCUCCAUCACCUCUCCACCAGGACCUCCUGGCAGCAUCCACUCCGACACCUCCAGCUAAUGCAGCUCACCCUGCUACACACACACACACACACACACACACACAGCAUCUCAUCAUCCUGUCUCGCCUGUUCUCUCCUGCUCACAGCUUUCGUCCUUCACUCUAGCAGAUGUCAAAGGUCUUCCAUAGUCCCGUUCCUCUUUCUUCAUGGUGUGCCAGGGUUCUUACGCUGAACCAGACUGACUGAAACACACAC